AGUCCUACCUCUCUCUCCGCAGUAGCCAGAAUCGAGCUUCAGCUUCCCAGCCCUCGGAGCCCCCACCGCCUCGCUCCCCGCCAUUCCCGCGGCUUUCGGGAAUCCGAAUUUGUAGGCCCCUUAAAGGGUCCGAGUUGCUCGUCUCCCCUUCCUGCAGAACGGAAGACUUCGGUCCCUGACUUUGGGGAACAGGAUGGCUUUCGUGAUGAUCCGAGAAGCCAAGGAGGGAGAUUGUGGAAAUAUCCUAAGGCUGAUUCGGGAACUCGCUGAGUACGAGAAACUCUCAGACCAGGUGAAGAUCAGUGAAGAAGCCCUAAGAGCAGAUGGCUUUGGAGAGACUCCUUUCUAUCACUGUUUGGUGGCAGAGAUUCUUUCUGCACCGGGGGAGCCACAGGGGCCCUGUGUGGUGGGCUAUGGGCUAUAUUACUUCAGCUACAGCACAUGGAACGGACGAAAUAUUUAUCUAGAAGACAUCUAUGUGAAGCCAGAAUAUCGAGGUCAAGGGAUUGGUUCCAAAAUAAUCAAAAAAGUGGCUGAGGUGGCUUUGGAUAAGGGCUGCUCCCAGUUACGCCUGGCAGUCCUGGACUGGAACAAGAGGGCUAUGGACUUGUACAAGGCCCUCGGAGCCCAAGAUCUGACAGAAGGUGAGGGCUGGCACUGCUUUCGCUUUGAAGGAGAGGCGAUGAGGGAGUUGGCAGGAAAGUGAUGCCACCCCUGGGGGAUUGCUGUUUCAGCUUCUCCAUCCCCACAAACUGAACACUCCUUAGAGACUGUCUCCACUGACCAAAGCCUCCCUGAAGGAAGGGAAGGAGGGUCGGAGGCGAAUAUUCCCAGAUAGAAAGAGCAGAAGUGAGGAAGAGGCAGGCCUUCCCACCUCCUUGUUAAGCGUGAAAAAUAAAUGAGAAUUC